UUUUCCGUGUCAAGCAAUUUGUCAUUACGAGGUAAGUUAUAACAUAAACUUUGUUGGCCUGGUAAAAAUGGAAAAAAAAUUAUCCCGACUUUCCCCAAAAACAGAAAAAUCUUCGGACACGGGAAAAACAAUAUAAUAAGCCGUUGAGCAACAGACUUUCAACACAAAAUUCGGGAACAUAUCCAUAUAUCUCUGGUUUAAUAGCAGAGAAUGAAGCUACAAGAAAAGGAAAAAGGAAGGAAGGGGAAGAAUUUGACAGAGAAAGAUAUGGCUGAUGGAUCCAGUUCUUCCUUGGUGGACCAAAACUCGCAAUCCCCUCCAUAUCUUUCACCUUCGUCUGAAAAGGCACCUGGAGGAUGGAGGGCUGUCAAAUACAUUCUUGCGAACGAGACCUUCGAGAAACUUGCUUCCAUGAGUUUGAUUGCCAAUAUGACUGUGUAUUUGAAAACCAAAUACAACAUGGAUGGGAUUCUUGUGGUUAACGUGAUUAAUAUUUGGUCUGGUUGCUCCAACAUCACAUCAAUAGGUGGUGCUUUGGUUUCUGAUACAUUUCUGGGACGGUUCCUCACGCUUCUCUUUGGUUCAAUCUCCUCGUUACUGGGGAUGGCGACCAUGACCGUGACUGCAGGUGUGCCUAAAUUAAGACCUCCAACCUGCAUUGAUGAAGGCAAUUGCAUAGAACCAAAGUCGUGGCAGAUGGGUAUUCUUUUUGCUGGUCUUGCAUUUAUGGCCAUUGGAGCUGGAGGCAUUAGACCAUGCAACAUUGCCUUUGGAGCUGAUCAGUUUGACACCACAACAAAGAAGGGAAAAGCACAACUAGAAAGCUUCUUCAACUGGUGGUACUUCACAUUCACCUUGGCCCUCGUGAUUGCUCUAACAGGAGUAGUCUAUAUUCAGACCAAUAUCAGUUGGAUUAUUGGUUUUGCCAUUCCAACUGGUUGCCUUUUUGUUUCCAUUAUGAUUUUCAUAAUUGGACACCACACCUACAUAAUAAUGAAGCCACAAGGAAGUGUUUUUGUUGACAUGGUUAAAGUGAUCACAGCAGCCAUUAGAAAGUGUAAUUUAACUGCGUCUGGGCACUUCUUUUAUGAUCCUGACCACCAUGAAUCAGGAUCAAAACUCUCAAGCACCAAAAGGUUCAGUUGCCUUGACAAGGCUGCUAUUAUUGUUGAUCAAAGUGAGUUGGACGACCAAGGCAAGCCCAAGAAUGAAUGGAGAUUAUGCAGUAUUCAACAAGUGGAAAAUCUCAAAAUGUUGAUUGGAAUUAUGCCUGUUUGGAUAGCAGGAAUUGGUUGUUUCAUAACCAUGGACCAGCAGGGUACAAUUGGAAUUCUUCAAGCGAUUCAGACAACCAAAACCGUUGGAUCUAGUUUCCAGGUCCCCCCAGGCUGGAUGGGGCUCUCAUCAAUGAUUGCUCUUGCAAUAUGGAUAUUCAUUUAUGAGCAAUUUUGGGUACCACAGACAAGGAGAAUAACAGGGAAAGCUAAAAGAUUGUCAAUAACACAGAGGAUUAAUAUUGGUAUUGUGAUUGCAAUUGCGUGCUCGUUAGUGGCUGCCGCUAUUGAGAAGCAACGCCGGACGGCAGCUUUGAAACAAGGUUCCUUCGAGUCUCCUAUGAGCAUUUUAUUGCUUCUGCCACAGUUUGUCUUAUCAGGUUUAAUAGAAGCAUUUGCUGCAGUGGCACUGAUGGAAUUUCUCACCACGCAAUUGCCAGAGUCCAUGAGAACUGUUGCUGGAGCAAUCUUCUUUGUCAGCUUAUCUCUCGCAAGCUACUUGAACUCCAUUCUUGUCAACAUCGUCUACAAAAUGACAAGAAAAGGUGGGAAAUCACCAUGGUUAGGUGGUCAAGACCUUAACAAGGAUAAGCUUGAAAACUUCUAUUACCUCGUGGCUGGCAUAGGAGCCCUGAAUCUCCUUUAUUUCAAUCUCUAUGCAAGGCGUUUCGUGACCAAUGCUCGUACUGAUAAAAAAGAAUCAGAGGGCCAAAAGAACAAUGAAGAGCAAAUAUUGGAUGUAGCAUAAAAAAAAAAAAAAGAUAAGAUGGGUCCAGUCUAGGAAUAGCCAUACCUUAACCAUUCUUUCAAAAGGAGGACCCAAGUUUGAAUUUCUUGCUCUGAAUUAUAUACUAAUUGGGGAUUAGAGAGAGCAAAAAAAUAGAGGAUCAUGAUUCAUUAUUGACACUCUGUUAAUUCCUACUUCUUGUCUAGGGAGAGUCCUUUUUCCGGUUGCUUGGUUUUUUUUUCUAAUGAUUCAUUUGUGGCAAAUUCACACUUCUGGGAAGUGUUUUUUAUCUCUUUCUACUGCCCUUUCUACUUCGAAAACGAUGAUACGUGGAUCACCAAACUAUCUAUGCUGUACGGAUGUAAGUUCUACUGCCGCAUCCAAUGUCUGAUUUAACUGCUAUCCAGUGGCCAAAUAACUGACAGCCUUAGUGGUCCUCGUUUUAUCACGUGGACCGGAUGCACUUGUCAACUUUGUCACCAAGGGCCAGGGCCAAUUGACAAGUGACAACAAAACAAAUUUCCAAUUCUAACGUAUAUAUAUAUAUAUUUCCCUUCCGUCUCUCUCUUCAUAUACAUGUGCAUGUCCAUAGCCAUAGUAACCUUUUGACCUUUUCCUACAUUUGCCCGCCAUCAACCCAACGGCCCUCCGUCCAAUCCUCCCUUGUCUAUCCCCCACCUCCAACACCACCAGUAGUCCCACCAAGACCUCCCUCAGAGACGACCUUAAAGACCCCCGUCACCAUCAUAAACCAGGUCUCUCAAAAGCAAGACCAAGACAAAGACUCCCAGGAUUCCACCACCACAACCGAUAAAGGACCACAUCAGCCCCCGCACGCCCUUCUAGGUCCAUG